GGGCUUGAGAGGGAGGCGGGGGCGAGAGCGGGGAGGGGACGCGCCGAGCCCGGGACCCACUGGAGCGGCGCUGGGAGAGCGGCUGUCCGGACGCCCAGGAAGAAGAUGAGCCUUAAAUCUGAACGCCGAGGAAUUCAUGUGGAUCAGUCGGAGCUCCUGUGCAAGAAAGGAUGUGGUUACUAUGGCAACCCCGCUUGGCAGGGCUUCUGCUCCAAGUGCUGGAGGGAGGAGUACCACAAAGCCAGGCAAAAGCAGAUUCAGGAAGACUGGGAGCUGGCAGAGCGGCUUCAGAGGGAGGAGGAAGAGGCCUUUGCCAGCAGUCAGAGCAGCCAGGGGGCCCAGUCGCUCACAUUUUCCAAGUUUGAAGAAAAGAAAACGAACGAGAAGACGCGCAAGGUUACCACUGUGAAGAAAUUCUUCAGUGCUUCUUCCAGGGUCGGAUCCAAGAAGGCAGAAAUUCAGGAAGCAAAAGCUCCCAGUCCUUCCAUAAACCGGCAAACCAGCAUUGAAACGGAUAGAGUGUCUAAGGAGUUCAUAGAAUUUCUCAAGACCUUCCACAAGACAGGCCAAGAAAUCUAUAAACAGACCAAGAUGUUUUUGGAAGCAAUGCAUUACAAAAGGGAGCUAAGCAUUGAGGAACAGUCGGAGUGUACUCAGGACUUUUACCAGAAUGUAGCCGAGAAGAUGCAGACUCGCGGGAAAGUGCCUUCAGAAAAAGUUGAGAAGAUAAUGGAUCAAAUUGAAAAGUACAUUAUGACUCGUCUCUAUAAAUACGUGUUCUGUCCAGAAACUACCGAUGAUGAGAAGAAAGAUCUUGCCAUUCAAAAGAGGAUCAGGGCGCUGCACUGGGUCACACCUCAGAUGCUUUGUGUCCCUGUUAAUGAAGAAAUUCCAGAAGUUUCUGAUAUGGUGGUGAAAGCGAUCACAGAUAUCAUCGAGAUGGACUCGAAGCGCGUGCCCCGAGACAAGCUGGCCUGCAUCACCAGGUGCAGCAAGCACAUCUUCAACGCCAUCAAGAUCACCAAGAACGAGCCGGCGUCCGCCGACGACUUCCUGCCCACGCUCAUCUACAUCGUGCUGAAGGGCAACCCGCCUCGCCUGCAGUCCAACAUCCAGUACAUCACUCGCUUCUGCAACCCAAGCCGGCUGAUGACCGGGGAGGACGGCUACUACUUCACCAAUCUGUGCUGUGCUGUGGCUUUCAUUGAGAAAUUAGAUGCCCAGUCUCUGAAUUUAAGUCAGGAGGAUUUUGAUCGCUACAUGUCUGGCCAGACCUCUCCCAGGAAGCAGGAAUCCGAGAGCUGGUCUCCAGACGCGUGCUUAGGCGUUAAACAGAUGUAUAAGAACUUGGAUCUACUGUCUCAGUUGAAUGAGCGGCAGGAAAGGAUCAUGAACGAAGCCAAGAAACUUGAAAAAGACCUAAUAGAUUGGACAGACGGAAUCGCAAAGGAGGUGCAAGACAUUGUUGAAAAAUAUCCACUUGAAAUUAAGCCUGCAGCCCAGCCAUUAGCCGCGAUAGACUCUGAAAACGUAGAGAAUGACAAGCUCCCCCCGCCACUUCAGCCGCAGGUGUACGCAGGAUGACAGAGCUUCCGGGGAGCACUGACAGGAGCCUGACUUGCAGGCAGCCCUUCCCACGGCCUCCGAUGGGGCCUGGAACCUAACUUAAUUGCUGACGAGUGUCAGAGUAUUUUAAGGUACAGUUGCUGGGGGUGGUUUCGUUUGUUUUGUUUCUUUUUUCCUGGCAGGGGGAGCUUAGUAAAUAAUAAAUACUAUUUAUUUGAGUUACUAAAACAGAUUCAUCUAAGGCUUAUGUGAAAGUUCUGGUUAAAUAUUCUUUCUCCUCCAUGAUUUCCCUGUGAGGCAUUCACUGUGGUUUAGUUUGGGGUAAGUGACUGCCUUCUAAAGGAGAAAACAAGUAAUGCCACAGAGUGUGUGCUGAAUGGAAUCCAGAGUUGCCACUGUCCCACAUUUGAAAUAAUUUUGUAAGUGUAAAGACAGAGGAUAUAUUGCUAAGUAAAUAUGUACAGUUGUAAAUAUGUAAAAGGAAAAAAGAAUGGCAUGGCAUUUCGUGUGGUAGUUUUUUGAGUUAAAAAUGAGGUACGCUGGUGUUCGCCUUUUUACUCAGCUUGCCCCACUCAGACAAAUCUACACAUUCUCUCCAAAUGCGGGACCGUUUCCACAGUGCCUCGCCCGGCUCCGAGCCCACUAGUUACGGGAAUUUCAGGGCCAGGUCCUGGUCUGGCCCUGGGAUGAGGGCAGCAGCUUCGGGCACAGCAUCAUAGUAAGCAAGCCUCAUGCAGUGCACAGCCUUUCCUAGUCCCGGGGAAGCUUUGCAUAACGCAGCCGUACCCGUCCGUGACUUCUGCGGCUGUCAGCGUGCUUGUGGAUUAUGGGGGAUUGUCCCAGGCCCACUUCUUGAACAAUGGCGCAUCCUCAAGCAGUGCUUUCCCAGCAUCUCCUAAGAGUACACCACACCGUGCAGUGAAAUAACUGUGGAAGAAAACUAGGGUGGGGCUGGGCAUGGUGGUGCACACCUGUAAUGCCAGCAUGCAGGAGGAUCACUGCAAGUUUGAGGCCAGCCUGGG